GUCUCGAAGCUAAGGAUGAUGACCCCCUCAAUCCCGAGUUCCAGCAUCUGCUAAAUAGAUGACACGAAGUAGCUCGAGAGUCUAGUUGCCCUCAGCCUCAGCUAGAGGUGGGUCAGCUCCUAGGCGCUGCUACUCUAGUGUGGCACUAAGGCAUCACCAUCAAGAGAUAGUGAAAAAUAACUCAAGAACGACAACGAGGAAGAGGAAGAAAAACCUCCUGUCAUGACCGGGAGAAGCGGCCGAACCCGGCUCCUUCUUCUGGGGAUUGCCGCGUUCCUGGUUCUCCUGGAAAGCACCCAAACCCAGGCGGCGAGGACAAAGAUCAGGCACCAUCGCAUUAGACCGAUCCAGGCUCAAGAGCCCGACAAUAGACGUAACGCCGACUACGACACCGAGUAUGAACCUGAGUAUUACGACAACUACGAGGACUAUGAAGAGCAGAUCAAGAACGAAACACAGCCGUCUCUUAGUCCUGUACCAGAAGAAAACCGUGGCCCGGCAGUAAGACCAACGUCUGGACCAACAUCACAGCCCUCGGCGAUAUUUGGUGAAAAUCUGGUCGGCCCGAGACCGCCUGGAGGACCUGGAGGCCCCGGAGGACCCGGAAGACCCGGAGGUGAAGUGAUAACACCAUCCCCUGCCGUAGUGCCUGAUAAUCCACGGACCGAUACAGUUCCGGACUCGACAGAACCACCAACCGGAGGUGAUGACAACGUUGGCUGCAUAUUCGAUGGGGUGUCCCAUGGAGCCGACGACCAAUGGAACCCAGACCGUUGCACAUCGUGCCGCUGUAUUCAGGGAAAAGCUGAAUGUUCCCAAUUGAUUCCAUGUCUAUCAGGCGGAAAUUGCGAUGGCGUGGUCUGUGCCCAAUUAUCCUGUGAGACAGAACAGUACAUUCCUCUGGGCCAGUGCUGUCCCAUAUGCGCAGACCCUGGACCAAUAUCAGGAGGAACCGCGCCUAUCCAACCAACUUUGCCGUCAGGAAUUCUCCCGGGAGAGAGCAAUCGGGUCAGCUCAAUUGCAGUCUCCGGACCAAGGGGAGAGGCGGGACGCCCCGGAGACAGUGGCCGUCAAGGCGACUCUGGAUUUCCGGGAACACCCGGCACCCCAGGGAUUCCGGGGCCGCCUGGACCCCCAGGACCUGCACCUGACGUGUCCCUGUACUAUCAACAACUCGCCUUGUCGCAAGCUGGACAAGACAAAGGUCCUACCGGAGCUGCUGCACCAUUGUACGGUGGUCCUGACGCGUAUGCUUAUAUGCAGGCUCAGGUUGGUCCCGUUGGACCACGGGGACCUCCAGGACCUAGCGGCAACCCUGGUCCUCAGGGCUUUCAAGGAAUACGAGGCGAGCCCGGAGAACCUGGACCCGUGGGACCAUCCGGUCAGCCCGGACCACGAGGAUUACCCGGACUUCCCGGAAAGGAUGGUAACGUUGGCGAGGAUGGAGAGUCAGGGCCUCAGGGUUCUCCGGGUCCUAUGGGUCCGAGAGGUCUACCUGGAAUGCCUGGUCUUCCUGGCAUUAAAGGGCAUCGAGGAUUCCCUGGUUUGGAUGGAGCGAAGGGAGAGCAGGGUCAUUCGGGAGAAAAAGGAUCCUCCGGUGGGCCGGGACCAAUGGGUCCAAUGGGGAUGAUGGGUCCAGCUGGUCCGCGCGGUGAGCGAGGACGUGAAGGGUCUCCAGGACCCCCGGGGAUGCGAGGAAUCGAUGGCAUUUCAGGGCCACCGGGAUUGCCUGGUGUACCCGGAAAAUCAGGACCCCCCGGCUUCCCAGGCAGUCCUGGUAACAAAGGGGACCAAGGCGCUCAAGGUCCUAAGGGUAGCCAGGGUCUCCAGGGACCAAGAGGUGAAUCUGGACGUCCUGGGCAACCUGGAGAAUCUGGACCAUCUGGGCCACAAGGAAAAGAUGGUUACCCGGGCGAAAAAGGGAGUACCGGUGCACCAGGGAUGCUAGGGCAACCUGGUUUUCCCGGAGUUCGGGGCCAGCCAGGGUUAGCCGGGAAUCCGGGAACUCCGGGAGCGAAAGGAAUGCCGGGCUUGCCAGGAGAAAGAGGAUACAAGGGUGAAAUUGGGGCUAAAGGUGACUCCGGAGCUCCUGGUCCUCGUGGUAUGCCAGGACCAACCGGUAGCGAGGGUAAAAGAGGAAAGCGUGGAAUGCGAGGUUCCAUCGGGGCCACCGGGCCUCCGGGUGAACGUGGAAUGCCCGGUAUUCGCGGCCUUCCUGGUCCCGACGGUGCUGUAGGGCCCAAAGGACAAACUGGAGAUCGUGGACCCGUUGGAGGAAGUGGUCCAAAGGGUGCGACGGGAGAUCCAGGGAGACCAGGUCUGCAGGGCUUGCAGGGUCCUCGAGGGUUAAUGGGACGUCCUGGUGCUUCAGGGAAACCUGGGAAUGCGGGAGAGCGAGGAAUUCAGGGUGCAGACGGAAAGCCCGGCGAUCCGGGACCACCGGGAUUACAGGGAUUACCGGGACCACUGGGACUUCCUGGAGACAAAGGAUACCCGGGAGAACCUGGAAAAGAUGGUGAGCCAGGUGCACAAGGUCCACCGGGGCCCAGAGGUGACUCUGGUAAGGACGGACCAUCGGGUGUACAAGGUCCUCCAGGUCCGCCCGGAAGCGACGGAGGACGAGGACCACCAGGUCCCGCAGGUCCCAGAGGAUUCCAGGGAAUGCCCGGAGGCAGUGGUAACCCGGGAAUUCCAGGCAAGGACGGAGAACCAGGACUUCAGGGUCCACAGGGACUUCCAGGUCCCUUCGGAAAUCGAGGAGAACGUGGUUUUCCCGGAGAGCGUGGUCCAGUCGGGUCCCCCGGAGCACCGGGACCAAGGGGAGAAUCAGGAUCUCAGGGCAAUGACGGAUUUCCGGGUGUACCAGGGCCGAAGGGGGAUAAAGGACACUCAGGAAUGCCCGGGCUAAUAGGAUUGCCUGGACUUCGGGGCGCUCCAGGAAUGCCCGGUGAUAAAGGAGAAAGAGGAUCGUAUGGGCCCGUGGGUCCCGAAGGGCCAGCAGGAAGAAUGGGUGAGCGUGGACCGCAAGGACCAAUGGGACAGCCGGGACCACCCGGCGAACCAGCUGAACGUGGAGACACCGGACCUCAGGGAGCUCCCGGUGAACCUGGCGCUCCUGGUAACAUUGGAGAGAGAGGACCUCAAGGUCCUCAAGGCCUUCAGGGCUUCCCGGGACCGCAUGGUCUUUCUGGGUUGCCUGGUGUAAAGGGAGAGCGUGGGUAUCCAGGGUUGAAGGGAGACCAAGGGAGCCCUGGAGCGACAGGAAAUCCUGGGGAAUCGGGACUCCCAGGUUUGGUGGGACUGACUGGAGCCAAAGGAGCUCGGGGCGAAGCUGGUGCCAGGGGUGAGCCCGGGUUGAUGGGUCCUCCAGGUUUGCCAGGACCAGUUGGAGCUGCGGGACAACCAGGAGCUCCAGGUACUCCGGGUCUCGCUGGGUUACCAGGGGUGAAGGGAAGCUUGGGAGACGUUGGUCGACCAGGCAACCCUGGGCCAAUGGGUAACCCCGGAAUGCCGGGAGUGGAGGGUAUGAAAGGAGAAAGUGGAUCGGAGGGGCCACCUGGUCUGAGUGGUCCACCAGGGCCGCAAGGACCAGCGGGAGAUCGAGGAAUGCCCGGACUACCAGGACCCGCGGGAGCCGUCGGUCUCAGAGGGAUGCGAGGUGCUCCAGGUGAAACUGGAAUACCCGGAAAACCAGGACCCGAGGGGCCAUUAGGACCUAGCGGAAUGUCUGGGCCUGCUGGACCUCCAGGGCCUGCCGGUGAUGCCGGCCCAGAAGGUUCUCCGGGAAAACAAGGACAACCGGGAAUCGCCGGAAGGCCUGGAGACAAGGGACCACCUGGUAUGGCUGGACCGUCCGGAAAUCCUGGACCGAGUGGAUUGCCGGGACCGCCAGGACAAUCUGGACCACAAGGACCGGCCGGAGAAAGAGGCCCGAGAGGAGAAGCCGGACCUCAGGGUGUCGAAGGACAACGGGGUGCGCCAGGUAAGCCGGGGCCUGUUGGUCCUGAGGGAAUGAAGGGAGAUCGCGGAGAGCCUGGACCAACCGGUGCGAAGGGACAUCGGGGGUUAAUCGGGCUUCAAGGACUGCAGGGAACACCGGGUUUCCAUGGGGAAAAGGGAAUGGUCGGACCUCCUGGUCCUCCCGGGAAGAACGGAGAGAUUGGCGUGCGGGGUCUCCCAGGUAGAGACGGAAGUCAAGGGCCUCAAGGUAUGCCUGGAAACCCGGGACCAAGGGGACCGCCCGGAGAUGAAGGACGACACGGAGCGACUGGACCACCGGGACCACCAGGACCCCCGGGACCCCCAGGAGAACUUGGUCUCGGCUACGACGCGGCAUCUUUGGCAGCUCUUCUGAAUGCCGGUCAGGGCCAGAGUAAGGGUCCCGACCCUCUGAGCGGUGAUGAACCACCAAGAAUAUUCGGCAAGGACAUCACCGAUGCAGAGCGCAAGGAACUUAUUAUGAAAGCAUACGAGCAGCUCAAGGCCUCCUUCCAGAAGUUCGUCAAACCCGAUGGGCAGAAACAAUCGCCGGCAAAAACUUGUAGGGAUCUUUUCGUCGCAUAUCCGGAAAAGUCGAGUGGCGAAUAUUGGAUAGACCCGAACGAAGGAGACCAGCGUGAUGCAAUCUUGGUUUACUGCGAUGUUGAAAGUCGGAAGACCUGCCUGUUGCCAAAACCUCCUCAAUCCCCGGAAAUCACGUACAUCGGUAACGAACAGGAAGUUUGGCUGAGUGAGAUGGAAAACGGAAUGCAGAUAACUUAUAAGGCGGAUACCAACCAGAUAAGUUUUAUGCAACUACUGUCCAGCCAUGCUGAACAAAACGUUACUUACCACUGCAAAAAUACUGUCGGCUACUUCGAUUCCCAAAGACGAACAUACAGGCGGGGGUUGAAGCUACUUGCGUGGAACGACGUCGAGCUUACACCCCGUGGUAACCAGCGGCUGCGGUACGACAUGAUACUAGACGAGUGUCGGGAACGUUCCCACCAAUGGGGCAAGACGGUGAUCAGUUAUCGAACGGACAAACCAGUUCGUUUGCCGAUACUAGACGUUGGCUUGAGGGACGUUGGUAAGCAGGAUCAGAGCUUUUCGGUGGAAAUUGGUCCCGUUUGCUUCAGAUAAAAAUUGAUUGAUGGUGAUCCUGUGGAAUUUGUUUACCUGAAUGACCGGCUUACCGCACAUACUUUUGUAUGAUUCUUUGUAUUUUGAAUACAUGCUAUUUGAGCACUAA